UUACCACGUGACAUCACAUGUUAUUUAAAUGGCCUUAUAAGUAAGACCAGGAGUGCACUCCUGCUACCACACAAAAGAAAGAAAUCUCCAUCACCUGAUACAAGAGAAGAUGCUUCAAGAGAUGAUGAUGGUGCCAGUGAGUGGGGGAAGAAGAGAAAGAAAGACAAUGAGUCCAUUUUGACAAAGACAGGUGGGGCUUAUAUUCCCCCCAGCUCAAUAAAAAAUCAUGCAAGCACAGAUAAGACCAGUGCUCCAUAUCAAAGGAUGGCAUGGGAGGCUCUUAAAAAAAGUAUUAAUCGUCUAAUUAACAAGGUCAAUGUGUCAAAUAUUGCCAACAUUGUCAAGGAGUUAGUACAAGAAAAUUUAGUUCGUGGGCGUCAUUACAGCUCAGUCGGCCUCACCCACCUUUACUAAGGUGUAUGCUACACUUGUUGCUGUCAUUGAUGUAAAAUUUCCGCAAGAAACAACAAGAUUAUUUGUUUGUCGUCUGUCAGUGACUGUAUUACUGGAAGAUCCUACGAGCUACUGGACAACUUGAAGCAAUUAUUGAGAAGUCUUGCUAUGACAAAGCCUGACCGACCCCUUAUUGCCCAGGUGAUGUUGUACUCUCAGGGUUUCAGGACUGCCGAGACACUCACUAGCAAGAUAGGACCUUUCUUUAAAUUGUGUGAUGAGGAGUUAUCCAAUCAGUCUCAUUAUGACUUUGGUCUGAGAGCCCUAAAGAGUGUACUGGUGAGUGCUGGUAAUAUCAAGAGGGACAGGAUCCAGCAACUGAACCAAGAACUGGCAGCUCAAGGACAGACACUGGAGGAAACUGAUCUAUCUAAACAACUUCAUGAACAAGAGGAUGAGGUAUGUGCAGUGUACAUGUACAUGUAUAAUUGCAUACAUUGUGUAUGGGAUUUAAGCAUUGUUGUAUUGUGCUAUAAAUCCUUGUACAUGCAAAAGCCUGUGCUUCUAUUUCCCAUCUUUAUUUUAACAAUAGCUUCUACAUUU